GGCGGUCUGCGGCCCGGCCCCUGCCCUCCCCGCCGCCCGCCGCGCUCCCCAAGGCGUGUCAGACCGGGCCGGUGGCCAGGGCGCUCGCUGCACUCCGGAGCUCUCUCCCCAGGCGCCCACUGGCCAUUCGCUCCCCAGGCUCCCCGGCUGGCCGGCGUCAGCCUUUGUCUUUCCCUGCUGGUGGAGGACACUUUCUGCACUUAUCUUCACAUGGCAUCCUCCCCGGGCUCAAGUCUGUCUGAAUUUCUCCGUAUCAGGACACCAGUCAUCCCGUUGGGAUCAAACUAUGUCCGUCAUCGAGUGCAUGUUCCUGCCUCCGAGCCUAACCAUGUCGUCUCACAAGACUUCCAGAAUCAAACCAUUCCUGGCCAAGAAACAAAAGCAGAAUCGCCCCGUUCCUCAAUGGAUUUGGAUGAAAACUGGUAAUAAAAUCAGGUACAACUCCAAGAGGAGACACUGGAGGAGGACCAAGCUGGGACUGUAAGGAGCUGCACAUGAGCUGCAGCACGUUUACCCUCUCAGAGGUCAUAAGAUGACACCCUCUUUAUCAUGGUCAAGAUAAUAUCACCGUAUCAAGCUUUAAAAAUGCCUUUGGUCGGACAGUGGAAUAUACUUAAUCAGGAGUCUUAGCUCUUUUCUGUGAUCAGCACUAAUAAAUCAACAAUAAAUAUUUGAAACUUUAAAAAAAAAAAGACACACUUCUUAGGUGUGUCUGUGUGGGUCAUCGAAUGUGACCCUGAAUAGUGUAAUGGUCCCCCGUCUGUUCCCCUGCUCUGCCUCUCACACUCCAUGAAGUAAGUAGAUUUGCCCCUUCCCCCAUGACCUUUCUGCUGUGGAGCCUGCCAAUGACAGAUUGAGUCUCCUGAAGCCGUGAGCUGCAUUAAGCCUUUCUUCCUUUAAAUUGUGGGUGUUGGGUGUUGUGUCUCAGUGAUAGAAAAGCUAAAUUCAAAAUUGAUACCAGAGAAGUGGACUGUUGCUAUAACUGCACCUGACCAAGUGGCUUAGAUGCCUUUGGAAAUGGUUUGCAGGAGCAGUUUGGAAAGCAUUGGAGAUGCAGGCUAGAGAAGCCCUAGAAUGUUGUAAAUAGUGCUUGAUGGGUGAUUCCGGCUGGAAUCACCACACUGUUAAUAGGAAUGUGAACAGUAAAGGCCAGGCUCAAGAGGCUGCAGUUGGGAACAAGGACACCACUGGCAGUUGGACUAGUGUGACUAGUGUGUUGGACUUUGUCAACCAAUUUUCUAUAUUCUGUCCAUGUCCUGAAACUUUGUAGGAGACUGAUAAUAAGGGUGACAGAGUAAUGAAUCUGGUAAAGAAACUUUAAAGCAGCACAUUCAGGCUGUGGCAUGAAUACUGCUGGCUGCUUUUUUGCAAAUAUGUAGUGAGAAUGGGAGGCAAAAGGUGAAAAAGACAAAUUUGAAAGAUUUAAAUUUGAGCCCAAAAUGACCCACCUGUAAAGUUGGAGUCAAAGAAAGAAUGGCUGCUAAACAAAUUAGUACCAUUAAAAAGAAAUCAAAUGUUUUGUACAGGGACAAGAAGAAGCAUUGAGGUCAUCUUAGAAAUCUCCAAGACUCACACAUCACAGGAUCCAGAAUGCAAAAGUGUUUACCUUGCAUUGAGGAGAAAGUAUCUGAGAUACCUGCUGAAGAAAGACCUCCUAGAGAAUUGGUUCCCUGGGGUUCAUUUCACUGUGCUCAAUCACCUAGGAAUUCAGAGGCCACUGCGGCCAUGGUCCAUGCGGGCCUGACUACUGCUUCUCCUGACAACAGACCUUGGCAUUGUCCACAUGAUGCUGGUUUUACUGGCAUGAAGAAUGUGAGGGUUGUUGGAUCAGGAAGACUUUUACCCAUAUUCCAGAGGAAGGCCUGGGAGGUCAGACCACUCAGAGGGCAAUGUGUGGAGCUAUGGGAAUGAAGCUGAAGGUGCUAGGAGAGCACAGGAAAUCAGAGAUGACAGGAAAGUGGAACAUCAGCUAAGGAAAGCUGCAGGACAGAGUGGACCUCACCCCAAGAGAGAACUUGUGGACUACAACCAGCAAGGCCAUAAGGACAGGGUUAUGAAAGCCCUCUGGAACUCACAUUUCACCACUAUGUGCCUUGGAUGCUGGAUACGGAUCUAUAGGAUAUAAUAUUUGCAUCACUAGGUUUUGGUCUUGCUUUGGUCCAAUAUUUUCUCUAUUGAAAAUAUUGGACCAAAGCAAGACCAAAUUUUUCCCUAUUUCAUCCCUUUUGGACUCAGAAUGUUUACUAUGUGUCAUGUACCUUGGAAUUAUGUGAUUUGUUUGUAAUUUUUAAGAGAUUUCCAGCUAAGAGUUUGCCUUGAGUCUCAGAAGAGACAUGGACUUGGACUUUUGAAAAAUGCUGGAAAUGUUGAGACUUUGGGGGAAGGAGUGUAGCAUUUCCUGUUGUAACUAUCAAGUUAAAUAGAAUUAUGAACUUGCUAUUGUCUUUAUUUGAAAUUAAAUACAGUUUAAGGGGA